CCAGCGGAGGCCGCUCCCCGCGGGCACGCCGCCGUUGCCGCGCGACGGAGCGCUUCUGUAGUGCCGGUGGCGGGCGGCAUGAAGGGGCCGCGGUGCCUGUGCGAGAUCUGUACCUGCGGGCGCCAUCGCUGCCCUCAUAAACCCACAAGGAUUUAUGAUAAUGGACAACAGCCAUGUCUCACAACAGAGUAUGUGGAAAAAUAUCCUAAGUAUAGCAACAUAUCUCCUCCCUGGAGCCUUAAGCCGAAACAAGAGUACCAAGUGCAUCGUGGGAAAAUGGAAGGAAUUACAACAUUUAAAUCUGAUUAUUUACCAUAUGAUACUGUGAAGCGACCUUUUCGGGUACAAGAAGAAUAUAAACCAAAGACGGGAGAGAUAGAACUGGGAACCACAUACCAGAAAGAUUAUAAUGCUCAUAAAAUACAACCAGUGACAUUAGUAAGACCUCUAGAGAGAAAACACACUACAGGAGGAAAAUUGGAUACCAUACCAACCUAUCAAGAUGACUAUAGGUCAUGGGAAGUUCAAAGAAGGGAACCUAGUAAGGUGGAGCAUAUAUACCACCCACCUACAGAGAAGUUUGGAAAUUCUACUACGUUUCAAGAUGACUUUGUUCCUAGGGAACUGGUUCCCAGACAAAGUUUUAAACCGCCUUGUGUAGCCAAGCUUUCAGAUGUGCCUUUCAAUGGUGCUACUAGCCAUCGCACUUCUUAUAUUGCUCAUCAACUGGAACCAAAAUUCAUAAGAUCAAAAGAAGAGUACAAGCCAAGCAACCAACCCUUUGAAGAUCUCACAACUCACCGGAAUGAUUUUAAAGGGCUACCUGGUCAACUUGCAAAAAGCUGCAAGCCUGAAAAUACAAAGCUUGGAUCCAAUGCUCAUUUUAAUGGAGUCACUGAAUUCCAGGAUCGUUUUCAGCCAUGGUUGGUCUCCUUGCCUGAGGUCCGCAGAACCAAAGAGUACGUUCCACCCCCAGGCAACAUGGAUUUUAACUCCACAAGCCAUCUUGAUUAUGUUAAGCAUGAGAUUUCUCCUGCUGUCCCCAUAAGACCAGUUUCUAAUGGAAGAAGAACCAAUGUCCCUUUUCAAGGGAAUACGACUACAAAAGAAGACUUUAAAGCUUGGGGCAGCUGUUGGCAAGAGAUUACUAAGAAACAACAGGAAAUUCCAAAACCCACGGGAAAAUUUUAUGAUUUAACUACAUUCAGAUCUCAUUAUAUACCACAUCAGAUCAUUCCAGCUCAAAGUUGCAAACCUGUACAUGCUAUAGUUCCUAAUUCUGCUCCUUUUCAAGAUGAAACUAUGUAUCGCACAGAAUAUACUCCAAAGAAACAAGAGAUCUGUCCAGCAAAUUAUCCAUCUCCUCCAGGUUAUGUUUAUGUAAACACAGAUUCUCAUGGUCACAAAUUCUUCCGCCAGCUUACUCCAGAAUUUUCUGAGUCCAAUAGUAAUCAUAUUCCAAAGGAAGUAGCUGUUGUGUCAUAAUACUUAAAUGCAUUAUUUCAAGCACCCUGGUUGGAAUCCUUGGUUCAUUUUUUUUCUCUAAAUAGCACUGAAAUCUAAUUAAAUAAUACAAAGUCUGUUUUUAAACGCAUUUUAACUAACAGCUUAAAUAAAAUCAAAGCAAAAUGAGAACUAAUACAAGACUAAUAAAGAUUUGCCAAUUUCUGUAGGAAUACUGCAUCUUAAAUGGCAUCUAUUCUUUUUUUGAUCAUGUGUUCUACUUUUCCUGACUUCACAGACUUCAUUAUGCUCUAUCUCAAGCAUAUGUAUUGCACAUUUAACUUUUUCCGAUUUUCUGCAUCUGCAAAUCAAAUUAUUGUGUUUGCAAAAAAAGUAUCUUACGAUCACUUUUUUAUAGUAAGCAAAUAAUGCUAUAAUAAUCUAAAUAAUUAGCUCAUCAGUCCAGUCAUAUCAUCAAUACUUUGACUAAUCUGAUAAGAAGAUUUUUUUCUUUACAUUUUGCUGCCCAAAUCAUAAGAUAGCAUUCCAUGACACCUAGGCAUUUCUAAAACUCUGGUUUUAGCUUUAGUCAUCUUUGAUUUUCCUUCAUUCAGUUCUGAGAAGAUUAUAAAGAUCAUACAGUAAUUUCUGAUAGCAAUUAACAGGAAGUAACCUCGUUCUUUUUCUGCACGUGUACUUGAAAUCACUCAAACAUAAAAGGCAGGUCAAUAGACUCUGUUUCCUAAUUUCCCUGAUAGUGCUUUUUCAGCCUUACUUCCAAAGGAAACAAAGCUGAUGCAAAGCUUUGGGCACACUGACACACUAAGUGUGUGUCCUCCCCACGUGAGUAAUUUUUAAACCCAGCAUGCAUAUUCAAUCAAAUUUCACAUAGAGAUUUCACAGAUGAUUGGGUUUUGAGUGUCAAGGUAGAUGGUGAGGAAGCAGUGAGAAUCAGGCUCAAAAAGUUAACAUCCAUCCACCACAGUUUUUCAUCCUGCUAUCUGAUUUUUAAAGCUAAACAGCCUGUUAUCACUGCCAAAGCUCGCUGCGGAGGCAGUCUGAAGGGGAAAAUGGCAGAAAACUAAAGGCGUAUGUAGAGAUAGCAGAGAAUAGUGUAAACACAGUUAAAAAAUAUCAUCCGAGAUGCAGAAAUCUCUGGACAGCCUGGUUUCAGUCUGCCUUCUCUUCAAAGAAUUACUUGUUGAAAAUACACAUAAAACAAAAUUUUUAUAGAAAUCGUUCGUGCAAUGAUUAUGCUUCUGUGUGAGAUACUCAGUAUUUACUCUAUCUGAUUUGGGGAAAUCUAGAUGAACUGAUUUCAGUCCUAUUAUGGCCAUGAUUUAAGCGAGUCCUAAUAAAUAGUUCUAUGAUUGACCGUAUUACAAUGUAGCACAGUACUCCAGUAUGAUUUUUUUCAGUAUUGCAUAUCUUAUCCGCAUUGGUAUAGGGCAGUCAUUUGGGUUCUGAAUAAUUACAUGCUCAUACGUCAUAAACCAAAUCACCAACAAAAGGACUAAGAUCAGUGACAGAAACAUGUUGAAAACAGGAACCAGAUCAUAUGCAAGGAAGAAAGCUGAACGGAGUAUGUCAGCUGUGCAUAAAAGCAUUGCAUGAGAAAGCACCAGACAUUAUUAGAGCACCGGUUACUUUAAGGUAAUUUUUGUCUUUGUACUGUGUUUUUGUGCUAUGACUUACUCUGUUAAUGAAACAACAAUCCAAUUAAACUUUUGUCUCUGAAGA